AUGGUUUCUGGAAGAAUAAUCAAGCUCCUGGUUUUUGAGCUGCUUGAGUUUGUGGCUUUCUCCACACCCACGCUUGUGAUUAUGGAACAGUUUGCCUAUCAAAGCCUAACAGGUACCCCCGGAAAAACACAUUAUUGGCUGAUUGUUUCCUGUUCCAUUGCCUAUGUGGCUUCAGUGACUCUACUGAUUUGGGUUCCCAUAAAAGUUCUCUUAUACAAGAAGUAUCGCCUUUACAAAAAAAUUAAAGGAUGGAGACCUGUUAUGGUGAUGUGUGUUGUAUUCACUACACUUCCCAGCUUCAGCUUUUCUAUCGCAGUUACUGAGGUUAAAAAAAAUAAUGGUACUGCGUCUCCCUUACCUGAAACAUUACCUGACCUGCCAGUUUCUCUGGUUCUGACUUCCUUGAUUGUGGUUGAUAUUAUCGAAAAACUCAGGAUAUAUCCUCUUAGAGGGCAGCAAAAGAGUAAUGAAGACAGGUACAUUCAUACAACUACUUUGCACCAAAUAAAAACUGUGACAGACCAAGUGAAACAAAAGGAAGAAAACACUUCACCUCCCCAGCCAGCCUGGACGACCCAGGCAUCACAGCCAUCAGCAACAAGGACACAGAUCUCCACCCCAGUGCUGAGGGUACCCCAAGAGCCUGUCUUUCACUCGAGAGUCCUGAGAGCAAUGUCCCAAGAAGAUGAUCGAGCCCAAAUCUUCCUGUGGAGCUUCGUUAUAUGGUCUGACACCAUAGAAAUGGUGCGCGUGGCUGGCCACCCCUCGGUGUAUAAGUCAGGCUGGCUAUACCCAGUCUACAUUUUCAGUUUUAUUUCUAUCCUUCGAAUUAUAUUAACUCCUCAGAACCCUCUUCUGAAUUUCCUGAGCAUUCUUCUCCAGGAUUUACCCUUUAUUUUUGUUAGACUUGGUUUAAUCAUUGCCCUGGGAACUGUCACACCUGUAUUGGGCCUUUGUAAAAACGUACUAGUGACUUUCUCUUACAUUUACUUCAAUUACUUAACCAAAAUCUGGGUUUUCUCUACCUUUGAAACGUCUUUGUUUUAAAGAGAAAAUGUCAUGUAGUCAAACCUCUUCAUUAUGCAUGUGUACAUUACAAAAUAAUUGUAAUUUUUUUCUGGGGUGUAAGUUUUUGUAAUAUAUAAUGAAAUAGGAAUAGAUUGUAGAGAGAACACUAUUUUUAAUAACUGUAGCAUAUCACUUUUUAAAAAAUAUAUUCAAAUGCUGUUAAAUUUAAGCAACAUUUAAUUCUUAUAAGUUAGCUCCCCUGGAUCUCUAGAAAAUGUUAGCUAUUUUCAUUAGUUAUAUACAUAUAUAUAUACACACACCACUCUUUUUCUAAAAACACUCUUCAUUAAAGCCUUAAAAAAAUUAGAACAUGUUUUCCCACUAAGUC